AUGGAUCAUCGCCCCCAGUCUGCGACGCAAUCACCCAGCUCUCAUCCGAAUCUACUCUCUCGAUCGCAAUCUCCAUUUCCCGCAAAACUGCAAGAUAGGCAGGCUCGGAAUAAGGAUAUGUAUUCGAGCUCGGAAGAUGAUUGUGGGUAUAUAGAUGACUCGGGACUAUUAAAGCGACCAUCGAAAGAAAGCUAUGAAGCAAUUCAAAUGCGUAGAGAAGCAGCUAUCAUUCUUGAUACUCCUGAACUCCUUUUCAUGUAUGCUCAAGCACGCGGUGAUUCCCUUGCGGGGACCCGCCAUCAUUUCACUAAGAUGCACUGCGGGUACCUGGAUCAAGAAAAUCCGACAACCACUGCCAGCGAAAAGUCUCCUCUGAGAGGUAAAGACUCGCGAAGGUAA